CAAACUCAUCCCCAACUUCACCUACAACCACCACGACCAAGUCACGACAACACAUUCCUCAUCCUCACUCCACCAAAUCAUCGUCGAACGACAUUUCCUUCGAUAGAAAUUGUCGCAUCAUCUACCCGAUCACUAUGGCAGGCGGAGAUGGCAGCCAGGACUCUAACAGUACACCUGAGCCGGUAGAGAAGGGCUUCGCCACGCUCACCCAGUUGCAAAUUGGCGUGAAGGCCUUCGUUGAAAAGAAUGGAGAACCUAGAAAGGCAGAGAUCUUGUCUAUCAAACAGAGAAAUGGUGCUCUGACUUUCUACGUACACUAUGUCGAGUUCAACAAGCGUCUGGAUGAAUGGGUCACGGCCGAGCGCAUCGACCUCUCCCAGGAGGUUGAGUGGCCUGUUCCUGAGAAGCCCGAAAAGAAGAAGACCACCGUGACCACAAAAGGGCCACCGUCCAAAGCCGCCAUAUCCAAAUCCAUCACCACGAAAGCUGGUCGCCAAAGGACAGAUUCUCGCGCCAGUUCUGCGACACCUGACCUCCUCAGCUCCAAGGCAGGCAAUGACCGAAAACGUCCCGUGCCCUCCAAAGCAGGUGGAAAGGAGAACCGCGAUGAAGGACUUGCGCCCGACGGAGACGCCUCCCUCGUCAUCACCAAGGAAGGUACGCCCUUACCGACGAUCGGGAAUGAAGACAGUACAGCAGGCGGCGUCGAUGUGGAAAUGCCCGACGUGACCAAGACAGAGGAGAAGGUUGCUCCCAUCAUGGAGCCAGAGGAGGAGAUCGAGAAGCUUCGCACGGGUGGCUCCAUGGUCCAGAAUCAUGCGCAAUUGCAUCUCGUGCGCAACUUGAACAAGAUUCAAAUGGGCAAACACAUCGUCGAGCCGUGGUACUUCUCUCCCUAUCCUCAGGAGUUCGGCGACGUCGACAUGGUCUAUAUCGAUGAGUUUUGUCUGUCCUACUUUUCCUCCAAGAAGGCAUUCGAGAGACACCGCACGAAAUGCGAAUUACGCCAUCCGCCGGGAAACGAGAUCUACCGCGACGAUUUUGUGAGUUUCUUCGAGGUCGAUGGCCGGCGGCAGCGCACGUGGUGCAGAAAUCUUUGUCUUCUGUCAAAACUUUUCCUCGAUCAUAAGACAUUGUACUAUGAUGUCGACCCCUUCUUGUUUUACUGCAUGGUCACUCGGGACGAGUAUGGAUGUCAUCUUGUCGGAUAUUUCAGCAAGGAAAAAGAGUCGGCGGAAGGGUAUAACGUCGCUUGCAUUCUCACCUUGCCGCAAUAUCAGCGACAAGGGUUGGGGAGGUUGCUUAUUGCUUUCUCAUAUGAGCUGAGCAAACGCGAGGGAAAGCUGGGGUCUCCUGAGAAGCCUCUUUCGGAUCUUGGGCUGCUGGGCUACAGGCAGUAUUGGAAAGAAGUGCUGAUUGAGCUUCUUUCUGAUCCUGCGCGGCUGCCUCCUCCGGGGUCAGCCUCCCACACGCCAACCUCGGAACAACUGCAUCCACAUUCAUCGCUAGGCUUCUCGGGUCCCUCGUCGCAAUAUUCCACGAGUAUUGCCGAGAUAGCGAGUCAAACAGCCAUGACUGAGAAGGACGUCCAUGAGCAACUCGAAGUGCUGAAGCUACUACGAUACCACAAGGGUGCGUGGAUCAUUGUUGUGCGAGAUGAGCUGCUCGAGUGGCAGGAAAAGCGGCGGGAGAAAGAGAAAGUGAAAGGGAGCAGGAGGAUCGAUCCCAGCAGACUCAACUGGAAACCGCCCGUCUUUACCGCUAGCAGUCGGACCUGGAAUUGGUAGCGGAGCCGACCUUGGGAUUGUAAAUUAGCAUGGCGCUGGGGGUAUUCUGCGGAGCGGGAGACAUACAAUAUCGGUCAUUGAGCCGGCGGCGCUUUGGAUUCCUGGCUCGAGGGCACGACCUUCAUGGUUUGCGUUGAACGAAGCUCUCGAUGUCAUCAUUUCUCAUGCCGUGUAGCUGAGACAGAUCUCUUCUUGAAACGGUUGGAGCCAUCUGUAUAGAUCUCGCUAUACUGUCGGGUGUGAUGUUCAAGAGGGUAUGUUCGUGUAUCGGGCCAGAUCAGCAUCGCCACCUGCAGGGUUGUCUUCCGAUCCGUUUUCUG